UUCAUCAAAGAAGGCGAAAAAUGAAACCAAAUCUGCAAAGCUUACAUUAACACUCUUAUUCUGUGCUUUUGACAAAUUAAUAAAAUAUUGACAAUUAACUCAAAUAUUUAACAAGCGAGAAAUAUUUUGGUAUUUUGUGGCAAUCUUGAUAAAAGUAAAAGCUUCAAUUCGUAAAGCUUUCCCCACACGUAUGGUGAAGAAAUAAUGUAAAUAGAAAAGAGCUGAUUUCUAUUCAAAUUAUUCGUUAAAAUGGACAGUUCUGCAACGUAAGUUUCCAAAUUUUAAUUAUUAACAAAAUUUAUAAUUUAACUUUUAUUUUAUAGUUAACUCAAGAACGAUAGAGCUACGCACGAGCAGCUGCAGGCAUAUGUGUUGUUUUGCCAAGCACAGCGUUUGGAAAAGCCAACUGCGCACUCGAGCAAGGCGGUUGAAAAUGACUCAAAGGCUCACAGGUGGAGGUCCAAAUUCCAAGCCGAUGACGGACUUCGAAGAAAUGGCUUUGUCUACAUUUGGCUCGGCCGCUGUAGAUGGGAUGCAAAAUGUGCAAAGCCUAGGUUUAACGCCAAUUGAGCAAACGGAUGAAUGCGCAAUUUCAUCACCCACGGGUAGUCCUCAACAAUUAUGCAGUCAGGUAGAUGCAAGCCCAAAUCCCGAACACCAUACAGCAAGUCCAUCGACACCAUCUACGUAUCUUAGCUUGGAAAACCAGGAUGCUUCAACUUUGGUGCUAUCACGAAGUGCACGAAAUAAGCUUAUCAGCACUUUGAUAGCUGAUAUACCAAAAACGAAUGCUGCUGAGGAAGAGAGGCGACGGAAGCAUCGUGAAAUGAUGCAGGCCAUUCAAGGCCUAACUAGUUCUAUAACAGAACUUAUAAAAACGUUUAAUAGUAAUGAAAAAUAA